AUGUCGUACCUGAAAGUAAUGAUCAUAUGGAACCUACUUGGUGCUUCCCUGGUGAUCCUCUCACUCUCCUUCAUUCAAGAAGUCUCUUCUCAAGAUUUAUCCUCAAGCUGUACAGGGAGAUGUGGGGCAGGGUAUUCUAGACAGCAUGCCUGCCAGUGUGAUGUUAGCUGUCAUCACUACAUGGAGUGCUGCCCUGACUACAAGAAAGUCUGCACCACGGCAGUCUCCUGCAAAGGACGUUGCUUUGAAGCCUUUGAAAGAGGAAGGGAGUGUGACUGUGAUGCAGACUGCGAAAGGUAUGGCAAAUGCUGCCCAGACUACGCCAAAUACUGCAAAGAAGAACACACAAAGCCAUCACCAACUCCUCCAGAAAACAAAUCAACAUCUAAAAGGUCAUCCCAAGAUGAAGAGAAGAAGCCAGAGGAGGAAGAUGCUGGCAGCGGAGUGGAAACAGUGACCAGUCCUCCUCCCAGCUCACCAGCAACUACCACAGUAGUGACAACUGCUGCAGAGACCCCUGCAGCUCCAACAGAUCCACCUGCAACAACAGAGGCACCCACAACCGAGGCAGAGCCAUCUACCACCCCUGAACCUGAAACCACAACUCCAGAAGCCACAACUCCUGAAGCCACAGAGGCACCCACAACCGAGGCAGAGCCACCUACCACCCCUGAACCUGAAACCACAACUCCUGAAGCCACAGAGGCACCCACAACCGAGGCAGAGCCACCUACCACCCCUGAACCUGAAACCACAACUGAACCUGAAACCACAACUCCUGAAGCCACAGAGGCACCCACAACUGAGGCAGAACCUCCAACAACUCCUAAGGCUGAAGAUACAACUCCUGAAGCCACAGAGGAACCAGCAACUGAAGCAGACUCAUCCAACACCCCAGAGGCCACAGAGGCACCAGAGGAGGAUUCUACCACCCCCAAACCUGAGGAGCCAACCCCAGAGGCCACAGAGGCACCAGAGGAGGAUUCUCCUACCACCUCCAAACCUGAGGAGCCAACCCCAGAGGCCACAGAGGCACCAGAGGAGGAUUCUCCUACCACCCCUAAACCUGAGGAGCCAACCCCAGAGGUCACAGAAGCACCAGAGGAGGAUUCUCCUACCACCCCCAAACCUGAGGAGCCAACCCCAGAGGCCACAGAGGCACCAGAGGAGGAUUCUCCUACCACCCCUAAACCUGAGGAGCCAACCCCAGAGGUCACAGAAGCACCAGAGGAGGAUUCUCCUACCACCCCCAAACCUGAGGAGCCAACCCCAGAGGCCACAGAGGCACCAGAGGAGGAUUCUCCUACCACCCCCAAACCUGAGGAGCCAACCCCAGAGGCCACAGAGGCACCAGAGGAGGAUGCUACCACCCCCAAACCUGAGGAGCCAACCCCAGAGGCCACAGAGGCACCAGAGGAGGAUGCUACCACCCCCAAACCUGAGGAGCCAACCCCAGAGGCCACAGAGGCACCAGAGGAGGAUGCUACCACCCCUAAACCCGAGGAGCCAACCCCAGAGGCCACAGAGGCACCAGAGGAGGAUUCUCCUACCACCCCUAAACCUGAGGAGCCAACCCCAGAGGCCACAGAGGAGGAUGCUACCACCCCCAAACCUGAGGAGCCAACCCCAGAGGCCACAGAGGCACCAGAGGAGGAUGCUACCACCCCCAAACCUGAGGAGCCAACCCCAGAGGCCACAGAGGCACCAGAGGAGGAUGCUACCACCCCCAAACCUGAGGAGCCAACCCCAGAGGCCACAGAGGCACCAGAGGAGGAUGCUACCACCCCCAAACCUGAGGAGCCAACCCCAGAGGCCACAGAGGCACCAGAGGAGGAUGCUACCACCCCCAAACCUGAAGAGCCAACCCCAGAGGCCACAGAGGCACCAGAGGAGGAUGCUACCACCCCCAAACCUGAGGAGCCAACCCCAGAGGCCACAGAGGCACCAGAGGAGGAUGCUACCACCCCCAAACCUGAGGAGCCAACCCCAGAGGUCACAGAGGCACCAGAGGAGGAUGCUACCACCCCCAAACCUGAGGAGCCAACCCCAGAGGCCACAGAGGCACCAGAGGAGGAUGCUACCACCCCUAAACCUGAGGAGCCAACCCCAGAGGCCACAGAGGCACCAGAGGAGGAUGCUACCACCCCCAAACCUGAGGAGCCAACCCCAGAGGCCACAGAGGCACCAGAGGAGGAUGCUACCACCCCCAAACCUGAGGAGCCAACCCCAGAGGUCACAGAGGCACCAGAGGAGGAUGCUACCACCCCCAAACCUGAGGAGCCAACCCCAGAGGCCACAGAGGCACCAGAGGAGGAUGCUACCACCCCCAAACCUGAGGAGCCAACCCCAGAGGCCACAGAGGCACCAGAGGAGGAUGCUACCACCCCCAAACCUGAGGAGCCAACCCCAGAGGCCACAGAGGCACCAGAGGAGGAUGCUACCACCCCCAAACCUGAGGAGCCAACCCCAGAGGUCACAGAGGCACCAGAGGAGGAUUCUCCUACCACAUCCAAACCUGAGGAGCCAACCCCAGAGGCCACAGAGGCACCAGAGGAGGAUGCUACCACCCCCAAACCUGAGGAGCCAACCCCAGAGGCCACAGAGGCACCAGAGGAGGAUGCUACCACCCCCAAACCUGAGGAGCCAACCCCAGAGGAGGAUGCUACCACCCCCAAACCUGAGGAGACAACCCCAGAGGCACCAGAGGAGCAUUCUGCCACCACACCCAAACCUGAGGAACAAACUUCAGAGGCACCAGAGGAGGAUUCUGCCACCACCCCUAAAGCUGAGGAGACAACUCCAGAGGGAGCAAUGACCACAGCAGAUGGUCUCACCACACCUGAUGCAACAGAGGCAAUGGAGGCUGACUCUCCAACCACCCUCAAACCUGAGGUGACAACUCCAGAGGCACCAACCACCCCCAAACCUGAGGAGACAACUCCAGAGGCACCAACCACCAAAGCUGACUCUCCAACCACCCCCAAACCUGAGGAGACAACUCCAGAGGCACCAACCACCCCCAAACCUGAGGAGACAACUCCAGAGGCACCAACCACCAAAGCUGACUCUCCAACCACCCCCAAACCUGAGGUGACAACUCCAGAGGCACCAACCACCCCCAAACCUGAGGAGACAACUCCAGAGGCACCAACCACCAAAGCUGACUCUCCAACCACCCCCAAACCUGAAGAGACAACUCCAGAGGCACCAACCACCAAAGUUGACUCUCCAACCACCCCCAAACCUGAAGAGACAACUCCAGAGGCACCAACCACCAAGGCUGACUCUCCAACCACCCCCAAACCUGAAGAGACAACUCCAGAGGCACCAACCACCAAGGCUGACUCUCCCAGCACCCCGAAACCUGAAGAGACAACUCCAGAGGCACCAACCACCAAAGCUGACUCUCCAACCACCCCCAAACCUGAGGAGACAACUCCAGAGGAACCAACCACCAAGGCUGACUCUCCAACCACCCCCAAACCUGAGGAGACAACUCCAGAGGCACCAACCACCAAGGCUGACUCUCCAACCACCCCCAAACCUGAGGAGACAACUCCAGAGGCACCAACCACCAAGGCUGACUCUCCAACCACCCCCAAACCUGAGGAGACAACUCCAGAGGAACCAACCACCAAGGCUGACUCUCCAACCACCCCCAAACCUGAGGAGACAACUCCAGAGGCACCAACCACCAAAGCUGACUCUCCAACCACCCCCAAACCUGAGGAGACAACUCCAGAGGCACCAACCACCAAGGCUGACUCUCCCAGCACCCCCAAACCUGAAGAGACAACUCCAGAGGCACCAACCACCAAGGCUGACUCUCCAACCACCCCCAAACCUGAGGAGACAACUCCAGAGGCACCAACCACCAAGGCUGACUCUCCAACCACCCCCAAACCUGAGGAGACAACUCCAGAGGCACCAACCACCAAAGCUGACUCUCCCAGCACCCCCAAACCUGAGGAGACAACUCCAGAGGCACCAACCACCAAGGCUGACUCUCCAACCACCCCCAAACCUGAGGAGACAACUCCAGAGGCACCAACCACCAAGGCUGACUCUCCCAGCACCCCCAAACCUGAGGAGACAACUCCAGAGGCACCAACCACCAAGGCUGACUCUCCAACCACCCCCAAACCUGAGGAGACAACUCCAGAGGCACCAACCACCAAGGCUGACUCUCCAACCACCCCCAAACCUGAGGAGACAACUCCAGAGGAACCAACCACCAAGGCUGACUCUCCAACCACCCCCAAACCUGAGGAGACAACUCCAGAGGCACCAACCACCAAAGCUGACUCUCCAACCACCCCCAAACCUGAGGAGACAACUCCAGAGGCACCAACCACCAAGGCUGACUCUCCCAGCACCCCCAAACCUGAAGAGACAACUCCAGAGGCACCAACCACCAAGGCUGACUCUCCAACCACCCCCAAACCUGAGGAGACAACUCCAGAGGCACCAACCACCAAGGCUGACUCUCCCAGCACCCCCAAAUCUGAGGAGACAGAUGAAACUGUUACUACUGUUGUAACAAAAAAGACAACUACUACAUCAGAAACCUCCACCUCGAACACAGAGGUAACAACACUCAAGAAAGACAAAACUACUGUGCUUAAAGACAUUUUCACAUCAGCAACUAGGAAAGACCCAGCUACCACUGUCACCCUGGUGGCAACAGCUAACCCAGUUGUGACUACAGUGGCUGAACCAGAAGCCACCACUGCUGACAAGAAGACUCCAACAACAGCUGCAGAAGAAGAAACGACCCCAGCACAGCAGGACAAGACUCCCACACCCAAAGAGGUAACAGCUACAGAAGAAGAAAGCCCUGCGGGAGCUGCAACUGCAAUAACCACCAUUGCAGCCACAACUCCCUUGGCCAAGCCCACAGAUUGGGCAUCUAAACCCAGAGACACAACAACGGUGGCAGCCAAGGAGACUACAACAGCUAAAGAGAGCCUGAGUACCACAUGUGCUGUGGUAGAGACAACAGCAGCUGGUAGGGAAGAGGUAACGACCAUCAAAGAAAGCAGUGCCACACCUGCCAAAGACAUGGAAAGUGCCUCUGAAAAAGCCCCUGGAUCUGAGGGAGGAGAGGACACCACAGCUACCAGAGAGACCACCACAAGAGAUAAAAAAGACACCAUAGAAGAAAUGUUCCUCGUUUCUAAUGGGACAUCCAAGCCAACUAUUCAUUUCCAGGAGAUUGGUGACACAAGAGAUGAGCCUCAGCCAACCAACCCUGAAACCCUGCCGGUAGAAGAGCCAGAGAUGGACAAACCUCUUACAGAAACUGCUGACUUGCCAAUUCUCACUGGAGAAACACAAGCCAUGAGGGACGAGAAGGACCUGUGCAGCGGGAAGCCGGCAGACGGCAUGGUGGCCCUCCCCAAUGGCACUCUGGCCGUCUUUCGAGGUCACUACUACUGGCUGCUGAACGGCCGGAGCCCGCCGACCACCAACCCGCGCCGGAUCAGCGAGGGCUGGGGCAUCCCCUCCCCCAUCGACGCGGUCUUCUCCAGGUGCAACUGCGACGGCAGAACCUUCUUCAUCAAGGGUCCCCUCUAUUGGCGUUUCACAAAUGGAGUUAUGGAUAAAGGCUAUCCCAAACCUCUUGCCAAUGGAUUUGCAGGGCUACGUGGGAGAAUAGUAGCAACCCUCCCAGUGGCAAGAUACAACAGCAGACCAGAAUCUGUUUAUUUUAUCAAAAAAGAUGGCAACAUGCAACAGUAUGUGUACAAACAAGAACCAGCCAGGAAGUGUCAGAGGAGAGCCCGGGUUACCAUCCGCUACCCAGCUUACAUCCCAAGGAUUGUGAUACGCAGACGCUUCCAACGUGCAGUGAGAAUGCCAGCCGUUAUCCAGACUGUCAGGGUCAACCCAUACCCAGCAGGAGUUCUGCACAAUGAAAUCAAAGUGAAUUCCUACUGGAGAGGGCUCCCCAAGGUCAUCCAUUAUACCCUGUCACUACCCAACUACAACAAGCCAGAUGGAUAUGACUAUUAUGCCUUCUCUUACAAUCGCUACUACAGCUUGGACAUUGGCAAAAGAAUUGCAAGACCUGUUACUGCUCUCACUGGAAAGACUGUGACCAAAGACUGGUACAACUGUCCCAGCAAGUGAUGCAGAGCAGGGGAGUUGAAAGAAAGAUGCCAUCUGAAUGUGGACGUUUGGUCUAAUUUUAUUAAUAAAACAUUGAAACUUGUGCACACAA